CCGAAGGAAAUGAGACAAGCUUUUCCUCCCACUGACUCGUGCUUCUCCAGCGUCUGCGGGGCUCACUACCGCUGCCCGUGAGCGCCCAGGCCGAGACCCAGCGCCCCGCGCCCGCCUCAGCGUGUCUCCCGUGGGAUUUCUUUCCGAGGCGCCAGUGCCGGUCCAAAGCCUGGCCACAGCUUUGUUGCGUGCUCGCCUUAGUGAUCGGCUCCUGGUCCCAGAGCAAGGACCCCGGAAGUGCGCGUCGGUGGCUCUGGCGAAGAAACACUUAGCCUUUGGACAAGAAAGCUGGCAGAGCCUGAGAAGCCAACUGAGGCCAACCAAGUUUCAGAACCUCUACUGUCUGGUACUAGCAUCUCCAAGGAUGAACCAUUCUAACCAGAUACUCCUCUACUCUUAAGAGUACACUUCUCCCCAGGUCCUGAAGUCCUCAGACCUGCAGAGCAGUUUCUGAACUCAGGGUGGUGGUUCCAAGUCUUCACCUGUAUCAUCAGUUGUCACCUUUUAGGAACUCAAAUGGCUGUUGAAGACUCAGAGAAGAGAAGAGAGGGAGGGUGGCCACCUUGAUCCAGCUGAAGCAUCUCCAGGAGGCCUUUUCUGGAUGUCACAUCGAGGCUGUCCUUCUACCACAACACGGAGCUGGUGAUCCCCGAGUUCGUGGACAUGGCUUUGCUCAGCAAUAUCCUAGAGGCCUAUUCCUUUGUCUCAGAAAAUCCUGAGCGAGCAGCCCUGUACUUUGUCUCUGGUGUGUGCAUCGGGCUGGUCCUCACCGUAGCUGCCCUGGUGAUGAAGAUCUCUUGCCACACAGACUGCCGGCAGCAUCCCCAGAAGAAGUUGCUGCAGGACCAAGAAAGCAGCAGCAACAGCAGCGACAGCGAGGAUGGCAGCUCCUACGCGGCAUCCGACAUCUCAGUCAGGAGACAUCGUCGCUUCGAGAGGACUUUGAACAAGAACGUCUUCACCUCAGCGGAGGAGCUGGAGCGUGCCCAGCGGCUAGAGGAGCGGGAACGCAUCAUCAGGGAGAUUUGGAUGAAUGGCCAGCCCGAGGUUCCUGGCACCAGGAGCCUGAACCGCUACUACUAGGGACAGGAGCAGGAAUCCACACCCCGCUGUUAGCCGCCUGGUAGAGAAAGGGUUCCACAAGGAGGGUGGGCACAAAGGGUUGAACGCAGCUCUGCUAAUGUUAUGGUGGCAGAAAUAAGCAGGACAUUCCCAUUUUCUAGCCAGGAGGACUGAUUUCUCCCUUUUUACUAAAUUUAUGGAGAAGUAGAAAAAACAAGUUGGUUCAUCAACUUUUCCAGGUCUUGGAAUGGUGCUGAAAACCCUUCUCCAGCAACGUAGAUGGAGAUUAGAGAAAUGGAACUUGUGGUUUCUCUUGAUUUCUGAGGAUCUCAGAAGUUUCUGCAGACUUCGUUGCUAUGUGUUAUUUCUUUACAAAAGGAAAUAUUAUACAGCAUGAGGGCUAGGAAGAGCAGGGUUAACUUAACCCAGUAAAUGCAACUUUCUAAAUGACUCCAUGCUAUGGAGGUGAUUUUGAUCCAGAUAGCAUGAUCAAUGCUUAUUGUUUAAGGUCUAUUCUUUCAAUCUUGUGUUGCAAUGGCAACCUCAGGGAUUAAAAUCCUAUUUUUUAUUAAAGUUCCCACUUCACUCAUGAAAAUGAAUAAUGUAUUAUAGGAGAUGUGUCAGUGAACUAGAAAAAUGUCAAUAACCUCAAAGGAUGAAGGUUUUAUUUUAAAUAGCUUAUAAAGAAUGUAUUAACACGCAAUUAAUGCUACAUGCAUUUGAAAAUGCAGCACAAGAAUAAAAGCUGUGUUUUUCCCCCUUUUGGAGAGAAGAAAAUUUUGUUAUGACUCUAGGUAAUCAUGAUUUUAAACAAUUUGUUUUAAAAAAAAUCCCGUUUGGAUUUCUAAUGAAAGAAUGGGAAUGGGAGGUGAGGAAUAAAGCCAAAAUUAAAUUGGGAUAAAAAAUAAAUGUUACAUAAGA